AUGGAUGAUCAUUUUUUGGAUCCAGUCUAUUUUGUUUGUGCUGUCUUAAAUCCUGAAUUUAAUUUCUAUUGGUUGAGUCAAAUGAAUUAUAAACCAGCAGUUGAAUCCCAUAUGAAGCAAUCUCUGAUUCAAAUGAUAUUGGAUGAAUGUGAACACAACACUAACACAUCAUUCGAUGAUAUGCAGCAUACACAACCAUCAUUUUCAUCUUCUGGAAUCCCUGUUGUAAAUAGUUAUACGACACAGUCAGUUGAUAUGUCAGUCAUUAAAAAGUGCAAACGUUUUCAAUACAACUAUAAUUCGGGUGCAUUAUUUCAUUCGGCUAUAAAUCCUAUGAAUGGAAUUGAUGCCUAUACCAAUGAUCCAAUGCGGUCCAGAUUUUCAUUAUACUGGAAUAAUUCGCAAUUAUAUGCUUUAAAAAACGUAGUUAAACGAAUAUUCUCUAUACAAGUAUCGUCGACAUCAUUUGAACGAGUUUUUAGCCAAGCUGGUAUCAUUAUGUCACCAAAACGAACAACAAUGCGUAAAGAAAUAUUUAGAAGUUUGGUAUUCUUACGUGUGAACCAGAACUUGAUCAAAGUGAUAGUUUAA